UGAAGCCGCAUUGACUGUAAACAGUAGCGUGGUACACGGAGGGCGUGUAGGUCAACAAAGGAAGUUUAUCUUUACUGUUAGAGAGUAAACUCUGUUUCUGGCUCCAGAAAGCAGGUCUCUAAACUGCGGUAUUUGUAAAAGGGGGCCAAUUACUGCUACCGGGUGCUAGCUACCUGGAAGGCUAACCGUAAGUGCAUUAGGUAGCUUACAGGGCGCGUCACGCUCAUUCCCAGGUAAACUAGGGCGGAAACACUGUUUGGAGGGAAAACCGCUUUUCAAUUAAGCUUUUUUUUAUCCUGAUUUAGAGCGUAUAAAGACCCAGUUAGCUGAUUUUGAGGCACGGGGAUGGACUUCGUUGCAGGAUGCAUUGGAGGUGCUGCUGGAGUCUUGGUCGGACACCCGUUUGACACUGUAAAGGUGAGGCUGCAGGUCCAGAGUGUUGAUAAGCCUUUAUACCGGGGGACUUUCCACUGUUUCCAGUCCAUCAUACGGCAGGAGUCGGUGUUGGGCUUGUAUAAAGGCAUCGGAUCCCCGAUGAUGGGCCUGACGUUCAUUAAUGCCAUAGUGUUUGGUGUCCAAGGAAACACAAUGCGAAUGUUGGGACAGGACACCCCCACGAACCAGUUCCUGGCCGGCGCGGCGGCAGGGGCCAUCCAGUGCGUCAUCUGCUGCCCCAUGGAGCUCGCCAAGACCCGCAUGCAAAUGCAGGGCACGGGGGAGAAGAAGUCCUCCAGGAAGAUGUACAAGAACUCCUUGGACUGCUUGGUGCGCAUCUACAACCGGGAGGGUCUGUGGGGUGUGAACAGAGGCAUGGUGACCACGCUGAUCCGCGAGACGCCCGGUUUUGGAUUCUACUUCCUGUCCUACGACGUGCUGACGCGCAGCCUCGGCUGCGAGCCCGACGACCCCUACAUGAUCCCCAAGCUGCUGUUCGCCGGGGGCAUGGCCGGCAUCGCCUCCUGGAUCUCCACCUACCCCGUCGACGUGAUCAAGUCCCGGUUCCAGGCGGACGGGGUGGGCGGAGUCAACCGGUACAGCAGCAUCGCCGACUGCGUGCGGCAGAGCGUCCGGAGGGAGGGCUACAUGGUGUUCACCCGCGGCCUCACGUCCACCCUGCUGCGGGCCUUCCCCGUCAACGCGGCCACCUUCGCCACCGUCACCCUCAUCCUCAUGUACGCCCGGGGCACGGAGGCGGGACCCACCGACUGCGAGCCGGCUCAGCCCAGCCACCACGCACAGAUCCAGCAGCAGGCCCAGCCCUCUAGCCUGUGAGCACACGGAAGCCUCAGGGCUUCAAUCCGGGCACUUUACAAGAGCGUGGAGAGUCGAAACCUGCAAAACCUUUUAUUACUGUCUGACUCUGCUCCUCUUUAAACCAGUCAUUCCCAGUUUUCAGUCAGAAAAUGCCUGUAAGCAGCUGCUUUUCACUUUAACUGUGGCAUUCAUAAGUUGUGUAUUAACAUAGUGCGACAGCGAUCCUUGGCAGGAAAAGAUAAGAUGCUAACAAGGGAAUUAGUAGUUUAGAGAAAUGUGGGAGUUUUUAACGGUUAGCAAUGAGAACGAUGUGAUUUCUGAUACUCUCUUCCCCUCCAGCCACCCCUGUUGGUGCGGCUGGGUGGUUAGUGAGGCGUAUACGCUGGAAACUGACAUCUCCAUGACUUACUUUUCUGAAUCGUGCAGCGUUUACUUGCAUCUGUACAUAUCAUUUGCUUAGGAGUUACUCCUUUUUUUAAAAAAAAAAAAAGAAAAAUGUAUAUUGGAAACAUUUUCCCUGCCUUAUAUUUUAGUAUUUUUUUUUCUGUUGGAAAAUAAGAUGACGCAUAAGUUUGUACCCGUACUGUAUCCUCUGGAAAGUCGAGUGAGGGAACCGAUGUAGCACAUGUGGUAAAGUGUGUAAAGAUUUACCACAGUUGUCUGCUAUCGAACCAAAAACCACUGCAGCGACAGUCUGGUCGACACUGAGGCACUAUUAGUCCCCGCGGGACACGUCCGCUCCAGCUCUGGACUCCCAAAGUAAACCAGUCGGAUCUGCAAGUCUCUUCCAGAGUUUAGAGAAAGUCAUGUGACUGGAGACGGUGGAUGUCGCGUCCUGUUCUUUGUGCGGUGAGUUAGUUGUCUUUAGCCUAAAAUUCCAGUGAAUCAAGUUUAUUAUAACUUCUCUGCUGUAUUGAAGUCCUACUGCAGAAGUAGGACGUGGUGCUGCAUGUGGCACAAUCUUUCCCCCGCAGUUUUAUUAUAUUUGUUUUUUGUUUUUUUUUAGAUUUCGUCAUUCAUAGAAAGGAAAAUAUUCAAUCAUGUCGGAUUCUUUUUUUUUUUUUUAAAUUUCGUCUUUAAAGUCCACAAAUGAUGCUAGCAGCAUAUUGCUGGUAGCCGUCAUUCCUCUGGCCCUGUUUUUUUAAACAUUUUCAGUCAUCCCCUCCAGUCGAGCUUCUGUGAUAUUUUGUGGCUGUUUGAUAGUCCAUGAAGUGCAUUCUGCUUGGAUACAGAUAUCUAUUUUUGAACAGUGACCAUAUUUGUACUCAAAAGUUUUUUGAUGUGACAUGCUUCAUGGAGUAAAAAUGAAAAAAAUAUGAGCGGCACGGUUGGGUUACAAAAUCUUGGAAUGCCCGUUAAAUGUUAAAUUGCACAUACUAACUGCCAUUUUAUUUCCGUUCUCGUGUUAUGUGUGCCUGAUGUGAAUUUUAAACACAAUAUCCUCAGCUCGUUUGCAUGAAUAAUUGAUAUACUGUACCUUACCUGGACUGGGGCUUUAAUUGGUCUCUAUUUGUAUUUAUUUUGAGAUGCUGCAUCGGGUUAAAUCUUGACCUUGAGUUUGGGAAGCGAGGUUCAAAUCCCAGAAAGAUAAAAAAGAAAAAAAAUCCAAGUUUACUGUGCAAGUUGCAGUUACUUGCAGUGGUGACCCAAAUAGAUAAUCAGUAUUUUAUCUCAAAAAUAACAAUCUUGUUGAUGUGCAAGUGUUUUUUUUUUUGUUUUUUUUCUUAAUGAGUCGUCUGCUUUGCUUGGAUAAAGUUUCUGUUUUCUGUUUGAGCCAGGCUGUCUCUGUGAAGAAGGCUGCAGUGUCAGUAAUGUCUCAGCAGAUUUUAGGGGGAGGGAUACAACACAUAACCUGCACUCCAGCAGCCUUUACCCGGCUGUCUAAAGCUGUAACACUCAACAUCUCCUCAAUGAAAACUGUUGGACAGCGUGAAGUCGCAGCCGAACUGAAACCUCAAGCUUCGUUGAAUGUAUUGCGCUCGCACGGACUCACUGGUUUUGAAAGAAAAAAAUGUGGUCUGGGGGGAAUCCUGUGUCAUAUUAACUGUUGCUUCUCUAAAUGUCUGCGGUUGCGUUGAGAUAUGCGAUCAGGAUGAUUGAUGAACGAGAACGAAAGUGUUCCCGUCUGCUCGUGUUAACUCUGAAUUCCAGCUCUCCAACAGUGACUGUUAUUUCUGGAUAUGGUUACAUCAAAAACAGUGGUUGUCUAAUAUUUAAAAAGGCUAACGUGAGGGAUGCACUAUGUAUAGGAUGUUACUGUUAUUAUUGAUCAUACAUAUAUGAGUAUAUAUAUUUUUCAUUGUAAGGUAGUGACACUGUGUGGUUCCAUGAAUGUCUGAGUUUGAUCAGUGUGAAUUUGAGCUGUUAUACUCAAGAGAUUUUAAACUGGAAACCCGAGACAUAAUAUUUUUGUGUCAAAAAGAGAAUAUUUGUCUAGAUUUAUCAUUGAGAAUCUGUAC